AGCAGCUCCUUUGGUCUGCAAGACAACGUUGAGGACAUAAUAUGUUUCUACUCCGUUGAUCCAGUUCGGUUUGUUACAGCCGUUUUACAUCUUCAGUUUCGUUUACAGUUUCAAGUAAAACGCCCAGUCUUUCUGCAGGACGUUAAUGUCAAGUAGCUCAACUAUCCACUUGACUUUACCGCAAUGGGACGCGGGCUCACGGAAAAUUCGCUUUGUUUACCUGGUGAAUCUGACAUCGUUCAGGCUGACAGAGAGUCCCCACAUGGGUCCGGUGAUUCCUCUAUAUUUAGGAGCUGAUGUCUUCUCCAGCACUGAUAUCCGUACAGAGAACCAUCCCAGAUACCACGCCAGGUUUGCCAAGAGGGGACUGGCAACAAAAAUACAUUUCUCCUCAGCAUUCAGAUUUCAUGGGUUGAAGGUACCUACAGCAAACAACAGCCUCUGGUUCUACAGCGUUCAAGGACUUUUUCGAGUUGCCUUUGAAAUGUACAGUAAGAAAGACCAACUUGCUGUGCUGGAGAACUUUCAGGAUGUUUGGAAAUCACAGAUAAAUGACAGCCCUCUGAAAAUGAGUUACAGCCUCAGCAUGCAGCUCGACCUUGAAGUAUCCAGCAGCUUGUGUGAUACAGAAUCAAGAGAUGAAAUAUCACAACCUCGGCAUUGCCAGGUUGGCGGGGAAUCAGUGGAUGUGUGCGUCAGUGACCUAGGUGAUACAUCAGCAGAUCAUGAUUAUUGUUCUUUUCCUCGGCAGGACUUGCAAACUGAGCAAAGUCAUCUAUUUUUAUCCGCUGUGAGACAAAAACUGCGCAGCCUUGAUGACAAACUUUCUUCAGAGACUCAAAACUACACAGAACAACUAGAAACUACCUUGCUGCUUUUGGAAAACAUUGAUCAGUACUUAAAUGGGAACCUAGAAGAAAAGAGUGUGACAGAAACGGUGUUGGCCAUGCUAAAGGCCAGAGACUGGGGCUCUGUUUAUUCAAGCUCCUUGCUUAGUUGCAUUGGACGAUGGCUUGGCCAGCAGUUUCACACAGCCAACUGUAGCAUUAGUCAAAAAGUGGAGGGCUUUAAAGUUCAGCAUAUUGAGCGAAUAAGUGACCUGCCGCCUGCAGAGGAACUAGCCACAGAGUUAUUUCCAGAGGCCAUGCAAACACUGCUGCUUCACUGGAUGGGCUUAAGUGAGGAGUCCACCCUGGAGAAGAGACACAGUGAAUACCCAAUCCUGCUUCUUAUCCUCGAGUUUGCCAACCACAACCUCAUCACCGGUGUGGCUCAUGUGCUGUACUCUAGUCUUAUAUGUAAAUAAGGACAGGGGUUUCCAUGUAGGCAUCAACCGAAAGACCUGCAGUUUAACUCAACACCUUCUAGUAUUCUAAUAAAUGUGUAUUUCAUA